AUGACUGCUGUAUAUCGCACACAGGCAAUCGGGACAUUGCAAGAACCCGAUCAUAUUAUUCAAUAUCAUGGACCAUCUUUAUCGAAAAAGGAAUCAAUACGGGGCUUCAGAAGACCUAAAAUUAGUCCCAUGAAACGACCCAGUAUGCAAGUUCAAAGAGAAGGAAGUUUAAGCAGGCAUGGAAGCAAAAGAAAGCUAUAUCAUGAAUACCGAGUGCCAACAAAAACAGCUUUUCAUAAACCGGGAUAUUACCAGUUUCCACACUCUGAGUAUGGCACUAGGCACACAAAAAGAGCGAAGUCAGUCCAGUUAAAGCCGAAGUAUAAAAACAGUCUAGACAUUGAUUCGAUAUUCAAGCUGUCAGGUGAGCGUUUAAACAGAAGUACAAUUCCGUACUACUUAAUACAGUACUCGCUUCGUAACUGGUAUGAUGGCUGUAGAAAAAAUCCAGUGAUUAGGUAUGAAAUUGAAAAUACCAAAUUAAAGGGAGAUGAAAUUGUUUUGGAGGAUUCUGGAUUUAAUAUGGAACAAUAUCUUACACUGCCAAUAUCAGAGAUAAUGCACUCAGUCGAAGAGAAUAAAGUGAAACCCGUUAAAAAGAAUGCAUACAUGAAAACUAAGUUUGUGCCGUUACAAUAUAAAGCAAAUAGGAAUACGAGUCCACUUUCAAUGGAAUCAUGGACAAACGAUCAAAUGAAAAAAUACGGCCUUAGCACAAGAUCAUUGCGAUCAUUGGAUCAGGCAGAUUAUAGCAUCAAGAAGAAAUCAAUUGGAGGUAUUAGUGAAAUUGCGGGACUUAGUAUAGAAUCCAGUUCAGAACUGUACGACGAAUACUUUGCCGAUAUAUCUGGGGGGCAUUUCAACACUUGGAGCGAAGCUUGUUCUUAUCUCGAAAAAGAAUCUCCUGAGUUUUAUUCAAAUGAUUACUUUCUUCUCAGGUUGAUGCUUGAUAUCUAUAUCAGGCGGAUAGUAGCUGCAAGGAUAUCUGCAUCAAUUGGAACUGAGCGGGCAAGAAGGUUGCCGGAUCUCUCAAUGGAUGAAAUAUGGCAUUUAUUAGCAGACAAUGUGAAAGCAGUUUAUGGCUUAAAGCAGCUUCAUGUGUUUCAGCAACAAAAAUAG